AUGUUUGUAUGGGGGUUGCGGGGUGGGGAGAGAGCGGUGGAGAGAGAGGGGGAGGGGAGAGAGAGAGAGAGAGAGAGAGAGAGAGAGAUGAGCGUCCAUUUAGCAUUCUCCAGUAUCACCGAGGGUUUUCCGCUCUGGAUCCUCCACAUCUUGUUUUGAAAAUCUCUCACACAUCCAUCUAUUUUACGCAGAUUUAGACGACUGGUGGUGGUUAUGAUGAGGAGACGCCAUCGGACUUGCCGUGUCCUCUCACUGCUCGUGACGGAGAAAGCUUCCUAAUUAACCUAUCAACCAUCUGAGAGACUCUAGUCUGGGUGAUUUACACCUCUUGUUAUAUAAGUUAUGGGACAGCCAUAUCUGGUCUCUCAGAGCUUUAUUUGAGCUAAUAUGUUGUACAACUGGUAAGUCAAAACCUCUAUGCCCAACUGAGGGAUGCUUCUGGCCUCUUUAUUCACGGAUCCCUGUUCUCCGGCGUCAAAUCCUUGAUUUCUGAUCGCUUAUUAUGCGGAGUUUUGGUUGAACCACUGCCUCAGUUGAUCAGAGUUUGGGAUAAGCCUGGGUACACACUGUAGGGGGACGAUUCAUUUCCCAAUGAGGGUCUGUUGAAGGUUUUGGAUCGGGAUGGACGCAUGAUCUUGGAUCCGUAAGGUAAGAAUAGCCACACAUUAGAGGAAAGAAAUCGAAAUAUUGUGGUUUUGCCAGUCAUAAAGAAACAGAAGCAGAGAGCUUAACAAGCUUAAGGAUGAAUUUGUAUUGGUUCCUCCUAUUCAGCAUCCCUCUUGCACCAUGGCGGACCAUCUAUCCUCCUCAUUCAGUGACGUCGACCCAGUAUACCUGAUCAAGGACCUUGAUAGGGGCAUGAUCAGCUCCAUCGAGCUUUCUGAAGCAAUCAAUGGAUCCUACAGCUGAUGGUGAAUACACACAGAGUGAAUGGGACUGUCCUCAACGGUACCGCAUCCCUCUGCUGUCUUGUUGAGCCGCCCUUCCGCCGCCCGGGUCCUGGCGGCGGCAGCACCUCCGACCGGCCAGUCAGCGGCGCUGACAGCAUCUCCGUAUUACCCGCCGCGCUGGCUGCUGCCACUCCUAACGGCAAAUGCCGCCUAAGAUUACACUUCUCGUGCUCUCGUCGUGCAUCAUAGAUUGUCUAAUUACGGCACACAACGUAGACUCAGUGUGGAUUCUGAUCUGUCUGUCGGUAGGUCGUCUCUAUCACGCAACGAUCACAGUACGUGUUCCGAUAACCCUAAUUUCAGACUCGGGGGGCUCCUUCUCGCUGUAAAUGCUCCAGCAGUGGGCAUCUUCGUUUCUUGUAGGUUUAACCAAGCACACAGAUGUCACUCGUUCGUAAACUCAGGCAUGGCGCGCCGACCGUCCCGGCCACCGUCUCCGCAGUCGCCGAACAGGAACCUGGACCUGCCGCUCGCCGGCCUCCUCUCACUCCUUCUCGCCAGCCUGAGGAUCUUCCCCUAUCAUCGGCAUCUAAGCGGCGGCACCCGCGUGCGCAGGACUGAGAGGGGACGAUGA